AGAAGGAUGAGGCAUAUAGGGAAAUGGAAGAGAAAGAGCCAGUGCCAAAAGCCAGACAGUCUAAACCAAGGAAGGAGUGGUCCUCAGGAGAAACAACCCAAGGACCUUGUCUCAAGGAGCUGUUGUCAAAGGCUGGACUAGAAGAUCAUUAUGAAAACAAGCUGACGUUAAGUACUGUCCUUGAGAUAAAUGCUGAUACUACAUCAGAUGAACCUCUUACCACUAUGCAGUCACUUCCAGGGGCCUUCCUUAAGAAAUUAAUGAUGGCAAAUGUGAAUGCUAGGAGUGUUAAGUGUCUGACCACUGACCAGGAGGUUUCCUAUUGUGGAGUAGACAACCUGGACACUGACUCUGAUAACAGUUAUGUAAUUCAUCCACUGGACCUGAUAACUGCCCUGUUUCUGUGCUCAGAUGGUUUCCUGCAGCAGGAGAUGGUCCAGAAAAUGUCCAUUUGUCAGUUUGCUGUUCCUCUCCUGCUGCCCAACUGUGACACAAAACAAAGCACGUUGAUGCUGUGGGCCUUGAGGGACAUAGUGAAAAAGUUCAGAUCGUCUUCACAAACAGCAACAAAGGCUUUUGUGGAAGAGAGAAUAGUACUCUCUGAUGUUCCUAUGGUGUCAUUUGUUAAGUUAGGAGAGAGCAGCUUGUCCAAGUCUCAGAUCUUGAACAAGUUGCUAAGUAACCCUCAACAGUACCAUGACACAUUUGUUCAUCGUGAUAUGGAAUGCGGAGAUGCAUCUCGACAAAUCUCAGAUGGCCUCGUUGAAAUAAUUUGGUACCUUCCAUGUGGGAACAGAAACAUAGACAUGUUCACAGAGCCUGUGGCGGUGGCCAAUCUCAGAGGAGAUAUCAGGUCCUUUGAAACACAGUUCUCCUUUCUGUGUCAAACAUCAGCGGCAGUUUACAUUUUCACUGAUGACUUAGAGGCAGAUUUCUUCAAGAUCUUGAAAAGCAAAAAAAAAACCAAGGCAGAGUUAUUUCUGGUUGUCAACUCUCAAAGAAAAAUGUUCAGAGUAGACAUAUUGAAAAAACUUAUCAGAAACUGCGGUAUCAAUGAAAAAAACGUGAUUGUGAAAAAUAAACAGAAUGAUGCAGAAUUUGUCAAAAUCCUGCAGUCCUCUGUGGGUGACAUCAUCAAAAAAAGUCCAAACCGACUGACAAUUGAGAACAUGGCUGACAUGGCUCAUCAGAUGGGGAUUCUGGUUGAUGAAGACAGGGAUGACUGUCAGAGUGCUUGGAAGAUGGCAGAUGAAAUCACCAGGAACAUCACAGACCCAAUCAAAUUCAAAAAUGAAAAGCUACCUUUACAAGGUCAAAUCUGGAAAGAGCUUUCCCAUUUGGAGAAAGAGAGGUGUAGGCUGAGAAAUGCAGGGGAUCAAGAAAUUGAACACUACAAGAGCUCUCUGAAGAAAAAGGAGAAAGAGCUGAGAAAGAAGCAACAUACAUUUGACAUGCCAGAUGCCAUGACAAGAUUCAUUUCAGGAUUGUCAGGUUCAGGAGCGGAGCGUUCCUAUUUCCUCAAAUGGAUGCAGAUAAAUUUGGACAAUCUGUCACGACAGAAUCUGUCUGUCUUAAGGGGCCGGUACAAAGAUCUUUGCCAAAAUACUCAGGAGAAAAAAGAUGACAUUAAAGAUUUGGAUAAGCAGUUAUCUGACUGUUCCCUGGGACUUGAACACUUCCUGCGUGAGUUGGGACAGUUAUAUGAAGCUUCCUGCUCCCUUCCUGAAAGUAGCCAACAUCGGAAACAGAUGGAGCUUCUCCCUGGAUUGUGUGCGCAGAUGCUGUUGGAUGGUUUCCCCGUUGAGCUUCUGGAUGGAGAUGCAUCAAAUAUCCCUCUGAAAUGGAUAUCAGCUGUUCUGACUCAGCUUCAUACUCUUGUCCAAUCCAACAGCAAGAUCCGGGUUGUGACAGUUUUGGGGGUUCAAAGUACAGGGAAGUCCACUCUCCUCAACACCAUGUUUGGUGUCCAGUUUGCUGUCAGCAGUGGAAGAUGCACCAGAGGGGCCUUCAUGCUUCUGAUUAAAGUCAGCAAAGACUUCAAGGAGGAGCUGAAAUGUGACUUCAUCAUGGUGAUCGACACAGAGGGGUUGAAAUCGCCAGAGUUGUCUCAACUAGAUGAUAGCCAUGAACAUGAAAAUGAAUUGGCAACACUGGUGAUUGGACUGAGUGAUGUCACUAUCAUCAACAUGGCCAUGGAGAACUCCACAGAAAUGAAAGACAUUCUUCAGAUUGCUGUUCAUGCUUUUAUCAGGAUGAAGGAAGUGGGGAAGAAGCCUAUAUGUCAUUUUGUGCACCAGAAUGUGUCAGACAUGUCUGCUCAUGACAACAACAUGAGGGACAGGAAGAAGUUGUUGGAACAGUUGAAUGAAAUGACUCAGGCAGCAGCCAGAAUGGAGAAGAAGGAGAAUAUCACCAAGUUCACUGAUGUGAUGGAUUAUGAUCCAGACACUAGCAGCUGCUACAUCCCAGGACUCUGGCAUGGGACUCCCCCUAUGGCUCCAGUCAAUGCUGGCUACAGUGAGGCUGUGUGCGGCUUCAAGAAGACCUUGAUGAAAGAUUUCAGAAAAUGCCAGAGAAAUUAUGACUUGACACAUUUCCUGAAGUGGACACAAAGCUUGUGGGAGGCAGUGAAAUUUGAGAAAUUCAUCUUUAGUUUCAGAAACAGCUUGGUUGCAGAUGCAUACGCCAGAUUAUGCUCUGAGUACAAUGGUUGGGAAUGGGCCUUCCAGAAGGAGAUGUAUAAAUGGAUGGUGAGUGCUGAAACUAAAAUCUCUAAUAUUGGCAUGACAGAUCAACAUCCUCAGAGGUCCGUAAGAGAUGUGCUACAAGACUUGAUGAUAGAAGCAUCUGAGAAACUUUCGGAGGGAGAAAAGGAAAUCCAAGACAAUCUAGUGAAAUACUUUGAAAAGCAAGAUGGCCAUGUCAAUCUGGUGGAAAAAUACAAGGAGGACUUUCUGUCCAGUGCCAAAACACUGAGACGAGAGACAGAAAACACAGUGAGAAACAAACUGCUAGGAGCUGUUGAGAUCAAAGAGGGGAUGACAGAACUGGAUGACAUCAAGUGCUCACAAGCAAGUACACUAGAAAGAAAAGUGCUGGCUUUGCUUCAAACCUGUAAACAGAACAGAUCUGUCCUAUCGGAUGAGGCCCUCAGAGAAGAUUUUGAAAGAAUGUGGAAGAAAACUCUGUCUGAGAUUAAAUUUAGAGGACUCCCAAGAAGACAUGUUGCUCAGGAUGCCUUCAGAAUUUUACAUGACCAUUUAUCUAUGAGGUCGGGUUACGUCAAUAGUAUGUUGGUUGGAAACAGCUUGGUUGAUUGUGGGAAGACACCCUUUGUUGUAGAGUCAGGGGAUUGGUGGCAGAAGACUAAAGGCUUUGUGAUGCGCUUGAAUGGAGACCAUCUCAGGAUGAAACUGCAAGAGUUGUGUGACAACAACAUAAAAAAGUGUCAGGAGUUUAUAACCCAGAAGGUGAAAAACAAAACAGAUUACCAUGAUACUUUCAUCAAAGAGCUGCUUGAAAUAAUUGAUGAAACAUCUCAACAAAACAAGAAACGUAAAGUUCCUGAGGAAUGUGAGGUUAAACUGAAGCUGCACAUCUGUGGCAUAGCAGCAAGAACAUUUCAGAAGAAACAUGAUGAUUUCAUUGCAUUCAAUGACCCAAGGAAGUGUCUGGAACAGUCUAAGAACAAGUACCUUACACUCUUCAUAGACUUAUUUCAUAACCGAGACCAGUGCCUAAAUAAAGCUGAGGAGUUCUCAAAGCUGUGUUUGCAGCCAGCUGUACAGGACUAUGUGACCAAAAUGAUAUGUCCUGAUGUGAUUGAUGAAGUGAAGACCGGUAAAGGGUCAGAGGAUUACAGUACACGGACGUCCUUCCAGUUCUCUAUUUUGAAACAACUCCUGACUGAUGGAGAAUAUGAGAAAUAUAGAGAAUACAUAAACCGAUAUGAACGUUUUGUGAAGGACUGGCUGUUUGACCACAUUGUUCAACAACUCUCAAAGGACAACAGACUAGAGAAAUUGGAGAAUAAACAUGUUUCAGAGAUAGUCAAGAUCAUCACUGCGGCAAUUUCAAAGAUUAGAAACACAACCCACACUGUAAAAUCUAUCAAGACAUUCAUUCAGAAUAUGUGCUGUGCUCUUGAAGAAAAGCUUGUUUUUCCAAAGGAUGCUCUGGAUUCCAUCAUGACUCUGAACUACUCUGCUAACACAGAACAGUUUGCUGACGACCUCACAGGGUUUGUGGGAAAAAUGGAACAGUCACUGGCAGCUAAAUAUGAGAAGGAAGGAGACAUCAAAGAGAGACUCAAAUCUCUGCCAUUUAAGCCUCAGGACAAGAUGUUCUCCAGUCUGUUUGGAUGUGGCAAGCAAUGUCCAUUCUGCUGUGCACCCUGUGAAGCAGGAGGCAAGGAGCAUGCCAACCACUUCACCUCUAUUCACCGUCCACAAGGUGUCACUGGUUGGGUGAAUUUAAAGACAACUGUGUUAAGAACUGACAUAUGUUCAUCCUCUGUGAUUAGUUACAGAAAAUUCAACACAAACCUGACUGAAGGCAAACCUCACCUCUACAAGGACUACCAGACAUAUUUCCCUGACUGGACCAUAACUGGAGAUCCCAGCAUCAAGGCUUCAGACUACUGGAAGUAUGUGAUGGCCACAUUCAAUGAGACAAUUGCUAAAGACACACAUGCACUUCCUGCUGAUAUCCCAGAGGACUGGAAGGCAUUAACAACUGAUGAUGCACUGAAGAGCUUGAAAAACGCAUUCAACAUGAAAUAAAGUGGAAAACUAUAUCAUGAUUCUUCUUGACUCAAACUUAUAAUUGGCCAAUCAAAGAUUUCAGACAUGGCAACCAGAAAUAUCUCACCAAGCAUGAACAUUUUUUUUUUAAAUCAAAAAGCCAGAAGCCGGUCACUUCAACCAAGUACUUGUGAAAAAAAUGUCUAAUCUCUCAAUUCCAAUACAAUUUCAUCAUCGCACAGCUGAUUGGGUACUUUUUACCUUUCAUUUAUCUUGAUUGGUUUGUUGAAGGAAAAAACUGUUAAUCAAAAACUACAACCUUUCACAAUCAUAAAAAACUAGAAACAUAUUAGACUAAACUAGGAUACUGACCAUCCAAAAGAUACCACGGAACUCUUACCAGAUAGUUGAUAAAAGCCUAUACUAUAUUGGCAUAUCAAUGUAGGAACACAUGUCGCUACAGGAAACACCUUCAUCAAGGCCUUGUAGCAAGGGUAGUGUUUGAGUGGACAUCACUGACUGACAGGUACCUGCAGUAUAGGAAGGAAGGUGGAGUUAUAAAAUACUGUAGAUUGACAGAUACCUGCAGUAUAGGUAGAAAGGAAGAGUUAUACCAUACAUACUGUAGACUGACAGAUACCUGCAGUAUAGGAAGGAUGGUGGAGUUAUAACAUACAUACUGUAGACUGACAGAUACCUGCAGUAUAGGAAGGAAGGAGGAGUUAUACCAUACAUACUGUAGACUGACAGAUACCUGCAGUAUAGGUAGGAAGGUGGAGUUAUACCAUACAUACUAUAGACUGACAGAUACCUGGAGUAUAGGAAGGAAGGUGGAGUUAUACCAUACUGCAGACUGACAGAUACCUGCAGUAUAGGAAGGAAGGUGGAGUUAUACCAUACAUACUGUAGACUGACAGAUACCUGCAGUAUAGGAAGGAAGGUGGAGUUAUACCAUACAUACUGUAGACUGACAGAUACCUGCAGU